AUGUCAUUUUUCACAUUGCAGGUGAAGAUUGGACUUCAGAUUAAGGCACGUUUGGAGUACGUAUCCAAGUUGAAUAUUCAAGAUGAGGCAUAUCUUUGGGUUUUCAAGGCGAAAUGCACAAAUUGUGGGGAGGUCACAAAACAUAUGGAUUUUACGAGGUUCGACGAAGAAGCGUUAUCUGGUGGACGUGGGCAUGCUAUGCUACAUUACAAGUGCAAAUUGUGUUCUCGCGAGAACCACAUGAGUUUACUGCCCCUAACACUUCAGCCUUACUACGGUAUUGAGAGCGAGAACUUCAAAACAAUUGCAGAAUUUGACUGCCGCGGUCUGGAACUUGUCGAUUUUAUCCCAACGAAAGGCUGGCGUGUUGAAGUAGAAAAUUCUCACAAAAAAUUUGAUGACGUUGAUCUCGCCGAAACAGAAUGGAUGGAUUACGAUGAUUGUGCAAAAGUUAGUGUUGGUGUUUAUGAGCUUGAGCAUCAUUUCGUGAAGAUUCCUUAACAUGUCGUUAUUGUCAUGUCCGACCGUCCCAUUUGCGACUAACUGAAAAUAAAUAAUGACGCAGUGCGAAAAAA